ACACAUUAUCAGUGCACUUACUAACCUAAAAAUUUGACGUAAAAUGACUUUCAUCAAUGCUUUUCUGUCCGACGAAGAGAAAAAGUAUGAGUCAAAUAACUCUUCAGAAAAAUCGUCUUCAGAAGGAAAACAGUGGGGCUACGAUUUGUAUCCGGAACGUCGUAAGCCCGACACUAACCCCAGUUCAGGCGGACUUCUAGACAAAAAAGGCUACGAAAACAUCCAAAAAAUAAAAUGUGAACGCAACGUUUAUAAGUGCAUUAAACAAAGCCCCAUAAUUAAAUUGAUGAUGGGGGCAUUGAAAAGCUCUGGAUGCCCUGUGGACAUUAGGCGUCACAUCUCUUGUGAAGAAUGCGACUCCAGUGUAAGUGGUGGCUUUGACCCCGUUCUAAAUCAGGUAGUGGUGUGCCAAAAUGGGGUGAAAAAGCCCGCACAUGUUCAGGGUGUUUUAUUGCACGAAAUGAUCCAUAUGUUCGAUUACUGCCGCCAUGAUUUGGAUUUCAAAAACCUUGAUCAUUUGGCGUGUACUGAAAUUAGGGCUGCGAAUUUGGCACAUUGUAGUUUUAUGUCAGCAUGGGUCCAGGGAGAUGCCUCACUUUUUACUAUUAAGGCCACGCAUAGUGAUUGUGUUAAGAGUAAAGCGCUUAGUUCAAUUCUAGCAACUAGGAAUAUUUCCACUGAGGAGGCUGUAGAUGCGAUAGAAAGGGUGUUUCCCAAAUGUUAUCGGGAUUUGGAACCUGUGGGGAGACGGAUACGGAGGAAUUCUGAUGAUAUGUACAAGGCCUAUACAGAAGGGUUCUAUUAUGGAUAUGAUAGUGUUUAGCUAACAUGUUAUUUAUUGUUGUACAUAGAAACAUUUAAUAAAUAUUUUAACACGUUA